AUGCAAACCACUAGCCCCUGCUGGCCUCAGGGCUGCCUCAAGCCUCAGGGACUUGCCCAGCCCCUGGCAGCAGGCUCCUGGUGCAGGGGCCAUGUGGUAAAGACAGGAGGGGCUAGGAGGGUCAUGCGGAGGGUGCCAGGGCUGGGGCCCAGGAGCAGCAGGGCAGGCCUCACCUUCCUGGGGUCCGUUCUGUGCGGCGUAUGCAGAAUGGGCCUGACCUGGUUAGGAGCAGUCAGGGAUGGUCCCGCUGGGUGUCGGAGACCUGAGUCAGGGAGGUGGCAGCUUGUACCUGGGCGUAGCAGAGGUGGUAAAGCCAAAGAGAGAAGAGCGGCCUGCAAGGUGGAGUUGGUGAUGAAAGGUGAGACCAGCAGGGUGCAAUCCAUCGGGCCACUAGGAUGUUGGGGUGGGGUGGGAAGAGAUGGGUGCAGGCCAGGUAGGAAGGCGUCUGGUUGGCCUUCGAGCGGUGAAGGCCGUGCCUGCAAGGCAGGGCCGCGCUGGAAGAGCCCGGCUCAGGCGCUGCCACCCUUCCACAGCAAGCAGCCCCGAGACAUUCCCUGGAAGUCUGUCGGGAACCCCUUUGUGGUGGAGUCCACAGGCGUGUACCUGUCCUUAGAGGAAGCUUCAGGCCACAUCGAGGCAGGCGCCUUGCGUGUGGUCAUCUCCGCACCCUCACCGGAUGCACCCAUGUUUGUCAUGGGGGUAAACGAGAAGAGCUAUGAUCCUGCCUCCAUGAAAGUCGUCAGCAAUGCAUCCUGCACCACCAACUGCCUGGCGCCCCUUGCCAAGGUCAUCCAUGAGCAAUUUGGGAUCGUGGAAGGGCUGAUGACCACAGUUCAUUCCUAUACUGCCACCCAGAAGACUGUGGAUGGGCCAUCAAAGAAGGCCUGGCGAGAUGGCCGGGGCGCCCACCAGAACAUCAUCCCAGCCUCCACGGGGGCUGCCAAGGCCGUUGGCAAAGUCAUCCCAGACCUCAAAGGGAAGCUGACAGGAAUGGCGUUCCGGGUGCCAACCCCAGACGUAUCUGUUGUGGACCUGACCUGCCGCCUGGCCCAGCCCACCCCGUACGAGGCCAUCAAAGAGGCCAUCAAAGCGGCAGCCAAGGGGCCCCUCGCUGGCAUCCUUGCCUACACGGAGGAUGAGGUAGGGGCUGGGGGGGGGGACCAUGGGAAGAGCCCUCUGGGGAGGAAAGGUGAUUUUCCUGUUGCCAAAGAGCUGCUCACGUCGUAUCAAGAUAGGGGCUGCAGGGCUGGGGAGGUCUGGAGGGCUGCUCUUCCCGCCUCAGGGUCUUUGCACUUGCUGCUCCUUUGGUCUGAAUAGCUUUUCUUCCCGGUGGCCAAGCAGUCGGCCCUCAGCUGCUCCAAGUCUCGAUUUCAGCUUCUGUCCUCAGUGAGAUAUUCUCCUUCUGACCCUCUUACUUGAAGUUCCCUUUCACGGUCAGCGUUGGCACCGCUAGCAUGUGCACCACAGGAAAGCAGGGACUUGGGGGCUCCGUGGCUCCAGCCACCCCCCCCCCGGGGGCCUGGCACUUCUGCAGCUGCUCAAUGGGUGCCUCAGGAACAAGACAGUGGCUCCCACUUUUCAACAAUCGGUCAGGGUAGGCCAGGCCAGGCGCCUUCCCUGUGAAGAACGGCUGUCACCAUGCAUUUGCUCCCGGUCGCGCCAUCUCUGCGCUUCCACCUUUGGUGCUGUCUCUGCUUUAGCUCCUACAGGUCCACUCUCACCAGGCUCUCUUGUUUCAAGGAAAUCAGAUCGCAUCCCCUCCCACUGCUGGAAACCUUCCUCUGUGGCCCGACACCACACUAGGGCCAACCCCCGGGUUGGGUGGGGGGCCUGUGCUGUAGCUCCUUCCACCUCAGGCACUAGACCUCCAGACCCAGCCUCCGAGGGGGCCUCUGUGCUGGCCGGGAUGUGACUGCUGCAGCCUCAGGGUGUUUGUGCUCUUCGUCCUUUGGCCGCAGGCCAAGCCCCCGUGUGCCUUCCUCCUGGGCCCCCAGAACCUGGACACAGCAGGGCUCCCAGACACUGUAGGUGAAGCGAUGGCCAGGUGCCUGAGAGCCGGAGCCUGGGCUCCUGGAGGUCCUUGCUCCGCGCCCACACGCAUCUUUGAAAUUCGGACGCCCAGGUCGUGUCCACGGACUUUGUGGGCAACACCCACUCGUCCAUCUUCGACGCUAACGCCGGCA